UGGAAUGUUAAAUCUUUCUUUCUUUUUUUUUUGUUAUGGGUUUAAAUUUUCAUGCUUUGUUUAGCUUGUUUUGCUUCACUUUGAGGCAAUUUUUUUGUUUCUCUGUCCUAAAUGACUCUUUCUUUGUCUUUUUUUUCAAAAGACUUUAAAUUUUCUUUUGUUAUCUGGGUUUCUUUCAUGAUGUUUUUGUAUGAUUACUAUCUUGAAUUCUUGUGGUUAUUGGCUUUAUUUUUGUAACUGAAAAGGUUAUUUUAAUGUUUCAUUUAUGUACAAAAGUGGGUUGUUUUCAUUAACUUUGGAAUGCUUUUCUAUUAUUAUUUUUUUCCAACACAUUCUGCAUAGUUCUAAAGUGGCUACUGUUUAUUCUUCAUUCUUUCCUUCUUCAAGAAAAAGAUCAGAUGUUUGUGGUGAUAUUUCUUCUAAUGAACAGUUCAUUUGAAUUUUCAAUAACAACAAGUGAUUGGAAUUUUCAUCAAUGUUUUUGUUCUCAUCAAAUGAAACCAUUGAGAAUUUCAACAUUUGAUUAAGUCUAAAUUAAUGUUUUUCUUUUCUUUCCAUUGAGAAUUUUCAUCUAAUUUUGUUGUGUCCUUUUUCUGGCUGCCUUGUAACUGAACAUUGUGAUUCUGCAGUCUCUCUCUCUCUGUCUCUCCCUUUUGGAUUAUAUUUCUGUAUCUUUCAUCUUCAUUCAGGUUCCUAUGCAUUUUUCUUCUUAUGCUAUUACCAUUUUCUUGUCAGUCAGCUUAUGUUAUCACUGUUAAAAGGCUGGCAAAAAUUUCAUGCUUUGAUCAUUUGUGUUAAACAGUAAAUUCUUUAUUCUAAAUUUUAACAUUGCAAUCUCAAAACAUUUAUAACAAAUUUAUUCAUCUUUGUCUUAGGCUUGGUAGCUUGUGUUCUGUAAAUAAUCUCUUACUCGGAAGGUACACCAAAUUUUCUGACCAUUUUCUUUGGUUUUUGGGAGAAUUUAUGGAGAAAUCUUAAAUGAAUGUCCAUUUCUUUGUUCUGGUGUUCAGCCUGGGAAAAUCCAUAUGAAUCUGGUGAGAAAUACUGAGGAGCACCCUUGGGAAUUCUGCUUUGGUUCAAGUCUGAAAAAUUCACAUUCUACUAUUAUAAGGGAGUAAAGAAGGAAGUAAAUCAUGGGAUGUUCUACGUCAAAACUGGAUGAUGAAGAAGCGGUUCAGCUUUGUAAAGAUCGAAAGAAUUUCAUUAAACAGGCAGUAGAGCAAAGAACCCGAUUUGCCUCGGGGCAUGUAGCCUACAUCCAAUCCUUAAAAAGAGUUUCUGCAGCUCUUCGAGAUUAUAUUGAAGGAGAUGAGCCCCGUGAAUUCUUAUUAGAUUCAUUUAUAACCCCACCUUUCACACCCCUAAAGAAAGCAAGUCAUGGUUUCAUAUCGAUUUCUCCCUCAUCCUUCUCACCUGCAGCCAUUCAAUCUAAUCCCAAGUCCACUUUGAAACUAAAUUACCUGAGAUCAGGUGGUAACCCUGCAGUUUCAGUUGAGGAGAGACCUCAAUCACCUGAAACUGUCCGAAUUGAAACUUACUCCCCAGUACACCAUUAUGGCAUUGAUGGUAUUUUUGCAAUGCAAUCCUCACCAAUGAAUUCUUCAUUCUUCUCUUAUUCUCCCAACAAUAGACCCAACAUACCUCCUCCUUCACCUCAAACAUCACAGUGGGACUUUUUCUGGAACCCAUUUUCAUCAUUAGACUACUAUGGCUAUCCCAACAGAAGCAGUCUUGAUCAGGCUGUCAUGGAGGAUGAUAUCAGAGGACUAAGGCAGGUCAGGGAGGAAGAAGGAAUUCCUGAUUUAGAAGAAGAUGAAACUGAACAAGAAGAACCUGAGAGUAUGGCGAAUUUGACAGAAGAAAAAGCUAAAGUGAAUACAAAUUAUACUAGAGAAGAAGUUACUGUUGAAGAUGUUAAUGAGGAUGAGGAGGAAAUAGAUAGUGGAAAUGAGACUGAGCAUGAAGUACAAGAUUUGGAAUCACAAGGGAAAGUGAGCAAAGAAGUAGUACGAGCACAAACUGCAGGGCAAGUUGAAGUCAGUAACAAAGAAAUGGCACUUGGUGGAAAUGAAGCUAAAGAAGAAACACCAGGUUUUACUGUUUAUGUAAACCGAAGGCCAACAAGCAUGGCAGAAGUUAUCAAGGAUCUGGAAGCUCAAUUCAUGGUAGCUUGUGAUGCGGCGAACGAAGUCUCAGCAUUGUUAGAGGCUAGCAGAGCUUUGUGCUCAUCAACCUCAAAUGAGCUUACAGCCAUGAAAAUGUUGAACCCGGUUGCUUUAUUACGCUCAGCUUCAUCACGCUCAUCCUCAUCAAGAUUCUUAAUCAAUUCUUCAAGUUCCAAAGAGGCAGGUUAUGAAAGCAGCAGUGACUUAUCAGAAGAAUCCUGCAUGUUUCAUGGUAGCCACCAAUCAACAUUGGAUAGAUUGUGGGCGUGGGAGAAGAAACUUUAUGAGGAAGUCAAGUCUGGAGAAAAGGUUCGAAUUGCUUAUGAGAAGAAAAGCAGGCAGCUCAGAAACCAAGAUGUGAAGGGAGAGGACCCACACGCAGUUGAUAAAACGAGGGCAGCAAUUAGAGAUCUGCACACCCAGAUAAAGGUGUCAAUACAUUCAGUUGAAGCUAUUUCAAAGAGAAUCGAAACCCUGAGGGAUGAGGAGUUGCAGCCUCAACUUCUGGAAUUGGUACAAGGGUUAGGCAGGAUGUGGAAAGUGAUGGCAGAGUGUCACAAGUCACAGAAGCGGACCCUAGACGAAGCUAAGCUUUUACUAGCAGGUGCACCUUCAAAGCUAGAAGCAAAAAGGCAGUCUUCCAUCUCAGCUGCUGAACCUCACCGGUUAGCCCAAUCAGCUGCAAACCUUGAAGCUGAGCUCAGGAACUGGAGAGCUUGUUUUGAGUUGUGGAUCACUUCUCAGCGAUCCUAUUUGCAUGCUCUAAGCGGUUGGCUCCUCCGCUGCUUGAGGUCAGACCCUGAUACAUCAAAGCUGUCGUUUUCGCCUCGUCGGUCCAGUGGGACACUUGGAAUAUUUGGACUUUGCAUCCAAUGGUCAAGGUUUCUUGAUGCUAUUCGUGAGACACCAGUGCUGGAUGGCCUAGAUUUUUUUGCAGCUGGAAUGGGGUCACUCUAUACACAGCAGCUGAAAGAGGAUUCUCGCUUUGUCCCAGUUGGGUCGAAGAGGUAUGGAGGUGGGGAAAAUAUGGAGUUGGUAAGAGUUGAUGAGGUGGAAGAGGUUAUGACAGCAGAGAAACUGGCUGAUGUUGCCAUAAGGGUAUUAUGUGCUGGAAUGUCUGUUGCGAUGAGCUCGUUGAGUGAGUUUGCUGUUGGUUCUGCAGAUGGCUAUGCAGAACUUGUUAACAAAUGGGGAAGUGUCACGUUGCCACAAAAUUGAAGUGGUACUGGGAUGUAAUCUAUGAUUUUGAGCUAGUUAGUCUGGAUGAGUCUGUAAUUACAAAUGUUAUUUAACCAGCACAAGGUAGCUAGGUUAGAGUUAGUCUUCCACA